CUUUAGUUAAUACUUAGCCGCUUCACAGAGAGGUUGACAGAUCGCAGACGCUCUAAAAUAUUAACAUGGUUAUCAAUUUCGCCGCCGGUCCAGCCAAAUUACCCGAAGAGGUCUUGAAGGAGGUGCAGGAAAAUCUCCUCAACUGCAAUGGAAGCGGCAUCUCGGUCAUGGAGAUGUCCCAUCGUUCCAGCAACUAUGCAAAAAUCCAGGAGACGGCCAUCAACGAUCUUCGUGAACUUCUAAAUGUGCCAAGCAACUACAAAAUCCUGCUGAUGCAGGGCGGUGGCACUGGGCAGUUUGCAGCAGUUGCUAUGAAUUUAAUUGGUCAAACGGGCACUGCCGAUUAUAUAAUCACCGGAUCCUGGUCAGCCAAGGCGGCCAAGGAGGCCGCUCAGUACGGCACUGUGAAUGCUGUUCUGCCUAAGCUGGCAAAAUAUACAUCAGUUCCACGUCAGGACACUUGGAAACUGGACCCAAAAGCCUCUUAUGUUUACUUUUGUGACAAUGAAACUGUGGAGGGCGUAGAGUUUGACUUUGUACCCGAGGUUCCAGCCGGUGUUCCACUGGUGGCUGACAUGUCCUCCAACUUCCUGUCACGUCCUUUUGAUGUCUCCAAAUUUGGCGUGGUAUAUGCAGGAGCCCAAAAGAAUAUCGGACCAGCAGGCACCACCGUGAUAAUUGUCAGAGAGGACUUGAUAGGCAAGCAUCUGAAGAUCACACCAUCCGUCCUGAACUUUGAGCUGAUGGACAAGAACAGCUCGUUGUUGAAUACUCCUCCUACUUUUGGCAUCUAUGUGAUGGGCCUGGUUUUCAAGUGGAUCAAGCGGAAUGGCGGCGUCGCUGGCAUGGCCAAACUGUCUGCAGCCAAGUCUAAGCUUAUCUACGACACCAUUGACCAGUCCAAUGGUUUCUUCUACUGUCCACUGGAUGUCAAUGUGCGUUCGAGAAUGAAUGUGCCCUUUAGGAUUGGCAGUGCUAGUGGAGAUGAUGCUCUGGAGAAAGAGUUCCUGGCCAAAGCCGAAGCGGAGGGCAUGAUCCAGUUGAAGGGUCAUCGGUCGGUGGGAGGAAUUCGAGCAUCCCUCUAUAAUGCUGUAACGCUGGCGGAAACCCAACAGUUGGCCAAUCUCAUGUUGGCUUUUUACAAAAACAAUAAAAAUUAGAUGAUUUUCA